AUGGACUCUGAUGAGAUAGUUCCCGAACCCACCUACCCGGAGCGCGAGGAGGACCUGGAUGAAAAAUAUCCCAAUCGGCCCCACAACCAUGCCGCGACACUGCCCUUCCACGAGCUAUACGCAAGCCUCUUCAACCCACUCAGCGAGAUCAAAAAGAAACCCGCCGGCCCAGUGCCUGCACGCCGGAAACUCGGCCCACACGGCCAAAGCACUAGCAACCUGAACCCGUUCGAGCGCCGGCGCGAUGUCAUCGAGCGGUUUAUCUCACGCUGGCGCAAGGAUGUCGGCGACGACAUCUACCCUGCUUUCCGACUGAUUUUGCCGGACAAGGAUCGAGACCGGCCCAUGUACGGGAUCAAGGAGAAGGUCAUUGGCAAGAUGCUCGUCAAGAUCAUGAAGAUCAAUAAGGAAUCCGAGGAUGGGUACAAUCUGCUGAAUUGGAAGCUGCCGGGCCAGACGGCUGCGACGCGCAUGGCGGGCGACUUUGCGGGUCGCUGUUACGAUGUGCUUUCCAAACGGCCCAUGCGGACGGAGGCCGGUGACAUGACUAUCGCAGAGGUCAACGAGAAGCUGGAUAAACUCUCUGCGGCGACAAAGGAGAGCGAGCAGCUUCCGAUCUUAUCGGAUUUCUAUCGGCACAUGAAUCCCGAGGAGCUCAUGUGGCUGAUUCGCAUUAUCCUGCGGCAGAUGAAGGUCGGGGCUACGGAGCGCACGUUCUUCGAUGUCUGGCACCCUGAUGCGGAAAACUUGUACAGUAUCUCUAGUAGCCUGCGACGCGUGUGUUGGGAGCUACAUGAUCCGAAUAUCCGUCUUGAGGCGGAGGACCGAGGCAUUGCGUUGAUGCAGUGUUUCCAGCCUCAGCUGGCUCAGUUCCAGAUGCAUUCGUUUGAGAAGAUGAUUGCACGGAUGCGUCCGACGGAGGAGGAUUCUGUGUUUUGGAUCGAAGAGAAACUGGACGGAGAGCGCAUGCAGCUGCACAUGGCGCCGGAUAACUCCGUUCCUGGUGGUAGGAAGUUUGGGUUUUGGUCUCGAAAGGCUAAAGACUACACGUAUUUGUAUGGGAAUGGCAUCUACGACGAGAAUGGGGCUUUGACGCGGCAUCUCAAAGACGCCUUCGUCGAUGGGGUGCAGAGUCUUAUCCUGGACGGCGAGAUGAUCACCUGGGAUCCGGAGCAGGAUGCUCCUGUCCCAUUUGGAACUCUCAAGACGGCAGCAAUCGCCGAGCAACGCAAUCCGUUUUCAAAUGGCCCUCGGCCUCUGUUACGCGUCUUUGAUAUUCUUUAUCUCAACGGACGGGAUCUGACCAAGUACACCCUCCGUGACCGACGCAAUGCUUUACAGAAAACUAUCCGGCCUGUUCAUCGCAGAUUCGAGAUCCACCCUUACGAAGAAGCCACCACCGCCGCAGAGGUCGAGACCUCACUGCGCAAGGUUGUUGCAGAGGCCUCUGAGGGUCUCGUGUUGAAGAACCCGCGUUCUCCAUACCGGCUGAACGAGCGCCACGAUGACUGGAUGAAGGUGAAACCGGAAUACAUGACCGAGUUCGGCGAAUCCCUCGAUGUAGUUGUGGUCGGUGGAUACUACGGCUCUGGCCAUCGUGGAGGAGCGCUAGCCAGCUUCCUAUGUGGCCUUCGAGUCGACGAUGCUCAUUUCUCCCAAGGCGAAGAAUCCAUGAAAUGCUGGUCAUUCUGUAAGGUUGGCGGGGGAUUCACUGCUGCUGAUUACCAGGAAAUCCGCCACCACACGGACGGCAAAUGGAAGGAAUGGGAUCCCAAAAAACCGCCCACGUCUAUUGUCGAGCUGGCCGGCGGAGACGCGCAGCAUGAACGUCCAGAUAUGUGGAUCAAGCCGUCGGAUUCGGUUGUGCUUUGUGUCAAGGCUGCGUCCGUGUCUGUCAGCGAUCAAUUCCGCAUGGGUCUGACGUUGCGGUUCCCCCGAUUUAAGAAACUGCGCAAGGAUAAGAACUGGAAAAGCGCGCUCUCGGUCCAGGAGUUCCUGGACCUCAAAGCGAAUGCGGAACAGGAACAUCGAGAGAAGGAAUUCUCUUUGGACAAUUCGCGGAAGAAGCGGAUCAAGCGGACUACGAAGAAGCCCUUGACGAUUGCUGGGUAUGACGAGAAAGAGGUUGUCCAGUACGCUGGACCUUCCGGGAAUAUUUUUGUUGGUCUUAACUUCUUCGUCAUGACUGGGUCUACUGUACCAGACAAGAAAUCAAAACUCGAGCUGGAACAGCUAGUUAAAGCCAACGGCGGUAAAAUCCUUCAGAUCAAUACUGCCGCACCGGAUACGAUCUGCGUUGCUGAGCGAAGAACCGUGAAAGUGGCUUCGCUACAAAAGAGCGGCGAAGUGAACAUUAUCCGCCCGUCUUGGAUUCUGGACUGUGUCAAACAGAACGAAGUAGACGUCGGCCUGCCUGACUUUCUUCUCCCGUUUGAACAUCGGCAUAUGUUUUUCACGGCAGAAGGCAAGGAGGCGGAAGUCACUGCCAAUACAGACCGGUUUAUGGACAGCUAUGCCCGUGACACGACAGUCGACGAGCUUAAAGAUAUCCUGAAACAGAUGGAGGAAAGCCAAGACCAAACCACCAUCUCCGCAAACCUCCACGCUCUGCACAAAGUCGAAGCCCGCAUCCAGGAGAGAGUAGAUCUGGGAUACACCGUCCCCUGCGGCUGGCUAUUCAAGGGCCUAACCUUCUUGUUCUUCUCCAAACCGGAUCGAGAGAACACCGACGAGGAAGAAGACCUGCCUCUCCGUCUGGCGCGGAAUACCGCCCAGUUCGCUAGCGCGCAACUCGCCUCGUCGCUAACAGAUAAGCGCGUCACACACGUCAUUGCCAACCCGGAAACUCUCUCUGCGUCGACGAUCUCAUCGCUGAGGGGAUCAUUGGCUGCAAGGCCCGGGAAGAAGGUGCCGCAUCUCGUUAGUUUGGAGUGGGUGCAGGAAAGCUGGAGGAAUGGGACUUUGCUGGAUGAAGAGCGUAAGUUGACUCCCUUCCCCCCCCCCCUCGAGUUCAACCCUAAUUAG